AUGGUGUUCUUCGUAGUGGAGUCUCCUUUAAGCUUCAUCUAUUUUGGGCGUUUUCGAUCCGGUAGGUUGAGGCUUCAAGCAGCGGCGAUUUCGACCUUCUCCGGUUGGGGUUGGGUUCAACGGCGAUUCAAGGUCUUGGUAACAUGCUUAUCCUGGAUUUGUUGGUUCGAUAUUGUUCUCCUAGCUGGGUCUUGGCGAGUAGGAGUAGUUGGGUCUUGGUCCUGCGGUUGCUUGGAAUCAGUCUGGGCUUUGUGUAGUGUAGUGUUUUCUGUGGAUUGA